CCGGGCAUCCACUUGGCACUCCCAGAUCAGGACCUCACGUCACAGUCGGACACUCAGACAAAGCCCAAAGUCACCCCAGCGUGUCAUCCGACACACACAGGGUAAAAACCCUGAUAGAUCUGCCGCCGGCACCCUCGCAAUCCCAUAGGACCAUAUUACCUCAACUACAACCUCGAGCAUCCUGGAUUUGAAGAUGGAUCGACUUCUGUGUUGCUCUCUGCUGCUCCUGAGUGGACUUCUAUACGAGGCCUCGGCAGAACAAAUGUAUGAUUCUACAUCAAAGGCAAACAAGGAAGCUGUCAGGUCUACCACAGACAUCAUGCUCACAUCCACCCCAAGAACUACAGCAAAAAGAGGGAAUGACAAUAAAGAAACUCCUAUAACCUUCUCCACCAGCAUGACAAGCAGCCCAACACAACGUACUGCAGGUAGCGUUCCUACAACUGCUUUCCACCAUUCGACAUCCUCUACCAAGGACAUCAGGAGCACAGCAACCACACCAGGAAAUAUCAGGGAUACAAAACCAACAUCACGAUGGACCAUAUCUACCAGUAGCAGGAGCAGUCAUCAGGCGACAACAUCUACCUCGAAAGCCACCACGUCUAGACCAGUGCUGACGGCGGUCACAGCUAAGUCCACAGCAUCAGUGACCUCACGUGGUACGACGUCUGGAACCGAGGGAGCGGCCACAACCUCUCCAGCACCGGGAAAGAGCUUGGUCAUGCUCGCAUUUGGGGUGAUGAGUUUCAUCCUCAUUCUCAUCGUCGUCAUGGUGGUUUUGGUGACGGCCGUGAACCUAAGAGGCCGAUGUAGCAGCGCUAAGGAAGACGGGAAAAAAAGUUGUGAUUCCAUAGUGUUGGAAAGCAACGUGACCAGUGGAGAGAAGGAAAGCAUCACCUUGGUGUCUAUGAAAACAAUCAACACUGACACAGAUACAGACUCACCUCAGAUCUCCUCCAUCCACAGCACCACACUGGACAAUGAAGACCAAGAACUGGGAAAGGAGCUACUGAACGUGAAGAUGGUGUAGUAAAGAUGGAUGGCAUCCAACAUGCAGGAGUAUUGGACUGUAACUGAGUUUUCUUACAGAUGUGAUACAGUUUUGUUGUUGUGCUUUAAAAUUUUGUUUUUUUGUGUGGGGCAUUCAUGUUUUGUAAACGAUGAAACUCAUUUCAUAAAAGUGUGUGUAUGUGUGUGUGAGAUUGCAACUGGAGUGAGAACGAAAUCAUUGGCCUGUUAAAAAAAUCUGCCAAAAACGUGUCUGGAUUUUUUCACUGCAAAGUUACUGUGUUACAAAGAGGUAAGAAGAAAUUGCACUGAGAUGAGCUCAGUUUUUGUCAGGUAUUACACUUACCAGUGAGCUCAGAGAUGAGAGGCACACAACCAGAGCAACAGAUUAUUAAAAUAGUCACUACCAAGAUAUACUUUUUAUUUACUAAACAGCUAAUUAG